AUGAAAACACGAGAUCCGUUUUCGACCCGUAAAGCCACGGUUAUAGUCCUCGGAACCGGCAACCACGGGCCUGUUGCAGGCUGGGCCGGUACCGGGUCGGGACCGGGCCGAGCCGGGACCACAGGCCGGUCCGGCCCGUGGCCAUCUCUAAAUACGAGCAAAGUCGCCAUAGUCACGGCUUCGACGCAGGGAAUCGGCUUCGGCAUAGCCGAGCGCCUCGGUUUGGAAGGCGCCGCCGUCGUUAUCUCCUCGCGCCGGCAAGUAAGCUCCGAUUCCUCAUCUUCUUCAGCUGAAGCUCGAUCCAGAUCUAAUAAUGCUGAUGAAGCAGUGGAAAAGCUCAGGAGCAAAGGGAUUGAAGCUCUGGGUUUAGUGUGUCACGUUUCGAAUGCUCAGCAAAGGAAGGAUCUGAUCGCGAAAACAGUUGCGAAAUACGGUAAAAUUGAUGUAAUCGUAUGCAAUGCUGCUGCCAACCCUGCUGUGGACGGCAUUCUCGAAACUAAAGAAUCAGUUCUCGACAAACUAUGGGAGAUCAACGUGAAAACCUCUAUUCUUCUACUACAAGAAGCAGCCCCCCAUUUGCACAAAGGCUCGUCGGUCGUGUUCGUUUCGUCUAUAGCUGCUUACCAGCCGCCCCAAGGGCUGGCUAUGUAUGGGGUCACCAAAACAGCCCUUCUUGGGCUCACAAAGGCACUAGCAGCUGAGAUGGCCCCGGACACUCGCGUGAACUGUGUUGCUCCUGGUUUUGUGCCGACCCACUUUGCAUCCUUUCUCACGAAAAACGAGAGCAUGAGGAAAAGCUUGGAGGAGAAGACACUACUGAACAGGCUCGGAACAACAGGGGACAUGGCUGCAGCAGCUGCUUUUCUUGCUUCGGAAGAUGCUUCGUAUAUUACUGGUGAGACUUUGGUGGUUGCUGGUGGAACCCCUUCCAGACUCUGAACUUUUUUCGGGAUUUUUCGGUAAUUUUUGCUUUCUGUAUUUUGUCAAUUUUUUUUAAAGUAGAUCUUGUAACGAGAUUUUACAAUAAUUAUUAUGUAGUAUACUCAGGUGAGGUAUAUGCUCUCUGGAGCCAGUUUUACUAGAGCUGUAUGAUUUACAUUUUUGCUUGUUUUCUACCUACUAAAGGAUAUCAAAUACUCCCUCCAUUUUGAAAUA